GUUCUCAGCUGAUCAAGUUCAUUCCUGAUUCUCUUCUGUGAUUGGCUGAGCUUCAGGCCUUCUCUCAGUGCACGUUUCCAUGUCGGGGUGUAGGUGGAGCUUUGUGUGUGCCGCAGCAGCCGCCUCCAACCGGAGCGCUCGGGCGUGAAACUAGGAGGAAAGCCGACGUCCUCCUCUUUCCUCAGAAGUGAUCUGUGGCCGGCCGGACUUCAUUCCACAGAUGUGCUUUAACAAAGUGUGAAGCUGAACUCUGAGCUGUGACAGUGAAGCAGUGUGAGAGUGUCAGUAGAUGAUCAGCAGAGGAAAGUGAAGCUGCUGUGAGCUGAUGUCCUGAAGGGCUUUUAAAGAGUCUCUGAGUUUGACAGGAACAUGAAGAUGUUUGUGGUGUUUGUGAUCCUCCUGCACGUUUCCCAGCAUGCCCUGGCUCUGGUGGUGGAGGUGAAUGAGGGGGAAGACUAUGUCCUGCUGCCCUGUCGGUACUCCAGUAUUAUACCUGAGACAAAUCCCACUGUGACGUGGACUCGCAAUGAUCUUGAUCUGAAAUCUAUUCACCUACGACGAGAACGAGGAGAUGAUCUUACAGGACAAAACCAGCGUUACAGCAGACGCACAUCAAUGAGGUCUGACGCUCUGGACACUGGAGACUUCAGCCUCCGUCUGAGAAAACCAGAAGUAUAUGACAGCGGCAACUACACCUGCACCCUCAGUUAUGGAAACCAUGGAGUAGAACGUAGACUGACAGACAUAGAGCUGGAGGUCAAAGACCAGCAGGUGAUUGUGAAGGUGGUAGAAGGAUCGGAGUCUGCCAUCUUGCCCUGCAAAACGACAGCUGACCUCUCACAGGAUGCCACGGUUGAGUGGACUCGCUCUGAUGUAGACUUUAUGUUGGUCCAUGUGUAUUCAAAGACACGUAACACCAUCAGGGAACAGGAUGGCUUUUACAGAGUCCGAACGAUGAUGAAUGAAGACCCACUGAGAACAGGAGACCUCAGUCUGACCCUGAAAUACCCCACAGAUGGAGACAGUGGAGGAUACGUUUGCACCAUCUACAGGGACAAAGACAUCCUUAGACAGAAAGUAGUGCUGCAGGUCAAAGAACGAUCUUGGGCCAAAGUUCUAGUGGCACUUCUGGUUCUCCUGGUUCUUGUUGUGGUUUCUGGAGGUCUUUUAUUUCAUUUCCGGCACUAUUUCAUGUCAGGUGAGUGUCUCCUACUACACUACCCAUAAUGCCGAUGGUCAGCAGGUGUCCUCUGGUGGCUCCUUGACUGCGGCUCACACAAACUUGUUCCAGAAGCUGAAAGAGUUGAGAGUUACAAACAGCUGAUACAGAGAGCUGAAGAGAAACUUCCAGGUUUGUUCCAGAAGUCAGAAAACCUCCUUCA